CGUUCGCGCCGGCGGAGGCUGCAGGGGAGGGGACGUGGGCGAAGGAGCCCCCGCUCGCCCGUCCCGCCCACCGGGCUCUGGAGUCCGCGGGGUCUCGGCCGCCGCCUGCCAGGCGACUCGAUGGCCUCGGAAGAUCUGGCGGGUGCGCUGGCGGCCGUGCUGGGGGGCCAGGGGCUGCGCGUACAGAAUUGUGACUCGGGGCCAGCCGGUGAGCCGCCCGCGCCCGUGCGGCUGCGGAAGAACGUCUGCUACGUGGUGCUGGCCGUGUUCCUCAACGAGCAGGAUGAGGUGCUACUGAUCCAGGAGGCCAAGAGGGAGUGCCGGGGGUCAUGGUACCUUCCUGCGGGGAGAAUGGAGCCUGGGGAGACCAUCGUGGAGGCACUGCAGCGGGAGGUGAAGGAGGAGGCUGGCCUGCACUGUGAGCCUGUGACACUGCUCUUGGUGGAAGAGCGGGGCCCCUCCUGGAUCCGCUUCGUGUUCCUUGCUCGCCCCACAGGUGGGAUUCUCAAGACUUCCAAGGAGGCAGAUGCUGAGUCCCUGCAGGCUGCCUGGUACCCACGGAUCUCCCUGCCCACUCCACUGCGAGCCCAUGACAUUCUGCACCUGGUAGAGCUAGCUGCUCAGUACCGCCAGCAAGCCAGGCAUCCUCUCAUCCUGCCCCAAGAGCUUCCUUGCAGUGUGGUCUGCCAGCGGCUGGUGGCCGCCUUUACUAAUGUACAGACAGUGUGGGUGUUGGUGGGUACAGUGGGGAUGCCUCAUUUGCCCAUCACUGCCUGUGGCUUUACCCCCAUGGAGCAGAGGGGUGGCAUCAAGGUGGCUGUCCUGCGGCUGCUACAGGAGUGUCUGACCCUGCACAAUUUGGCAGUGGAGACCAAGGGGCUGCUGGGACUGCAGCACCUGGGCAAAGAACAUACAGAUGGCAUCUGCCUGAAUGUGCUGGUGACAGUGGCUUUUCGGAACCCAGGGAUCCAAGAUGAGCCCCCGAAGGUUCUGGGUGAGAACUAUUCUUGGUGGAAGGUGAUGGAGGGAGACCUACAAACCCAGCUCCUACAGAAGCUCCAGGAAUCUUCUGUUGUCCCACUAAACAGAUAGGGAGGUGCCAGCAGUGGGCAAGAGCUGGGCAAUAGGACUUCUCUAUCAGACUUUGCCUCCCUCCCUCCAAGGCAGGCAGGAGGCUGGCAGUCUGAUUGCACAGAGAGCAGGGGCAGUUUUCCUGAUUCUCAGGGAAACUUUGUGGAACAGGCCACAGGCUCCUGCACUGCACUAAAAGGGACAGUGCCUUUUAAGCAAGUCUAGAGUGCAAGCACCUAGUUGCCUCGAGGGUACACAAAUGCUUCUCCCUAAGUGGAUGAGGAGCACUCUGAUCCCCAAAUGGCAUCUCCUCACUUUCUGUGCCCACCUUGGUAAAGGACUGCAUGCUGAUUCUUUCAAGCAAUUACAACUUGGAGGAGGGUGUAGGGAGGCCUUUGAGGGAGAGCCCCUUGCGGAGUAAAUAGAUGUUGCUCACCUUGCCUUUCCUGACUAAAUGUCUCUGGGGGGGUGAAGUGAGGGAGGCUCUUGUUCAGGAGACCUGCUGCUCCUCUGUCCCACCCACAGCCACCCAGGCGUCCCCCCUUCCACCCAGUGCACCAACAGGGUGGCUGGGGCUGGUACCUCCUGCUGUUCACUGCAACCUCUAAGCCCACCAGGGCUCUUGCCAUCUCUUCUGUCUUGCUGGGCAGGAUGUGACUGGGAGGGGCCACACCCUUCAUGAAAACAGCUCAGACCCCUCCAGAAGUUGAGCAGCUGGGACCUUGGGAAGAUGCAGGUGGGUCUGGAGCCGGAAAUACCGCCCCUGCCUCUGCCUGAGCUUCCCAGGCUCUGAGCCUACCCACUCCCUCUCGCCUCUGCCUGCUUAUAUUUUCAGCCCAAGCUGUAUUAAACCCUUUCUUCAAUUCCUCUCA